AGUGGAGGGUAGUCCAGCUGAGAGGCCGGUUACUUCUAAUCGUGCCUCCAUCGUGUGAGGGUCGCCUCGUUUCGCUGCGCUCUCCACUUUUCCCCCAUAUUGAACCCAGCGUAAGUCCACUUGCAUCCGUCCGUGGAUUUCAGUUUCAUCUGAGCCGCGUGUGUCCUCAGGAGCCUCAGAGCCGUAAAUCAAUCGCUUCUUGGGGCCGAAGCCGACCGAAAACUCCCGACAUUCGGCCCGGUUAUCAAACGCCAUUCUAUCAUAGCAUAAUAACAGUGACGGUGCCAUCUCCUAGGACCCAAUGUGACAAUGUGACCUGUGGUUCCCGGUAGCGACGUUUGCGAGUGGUUUUAAUUUUUUUCAAUAACUCUUUCGACGCGUUAUGUAGUUCGGAUAGUUCGUGAUACGACUUUAUAAAUCUGCUUCUGUGAUCGGUACAAUUGAAGAUAUUUGUCGCAUCGUUAUUUUUUUGAUUCUCCUGGUCGGCUGCCACAUGCUAGCAGUACUCAAGAAACGUUGGAAGCCUAAAAGGGCUGGAGGUGGAAAUGUCAAUAACAAUAACAACAAUGCCCGGAGAUCAGUGAAAAGUAUUAUAAUCGAGCCUUCAGUGCAGGAUUCUACAGUAGAAAAGAUCAGAGUUUCCACGUCUCCCAGGCAGGUGCAUCCUGUGGGAGAGAAAGUGGCCAUGGCGCCCGCCCCCAACAUUUGCGUCCAGGGAGGAAGGAUCGAAUUCAUCAAACCCAACUCGCCCAAUACUAAGUUCGAAAAGGAGAAGCUAGAAGCCAGGAUCACCGAACUGGAAGCCCAGCUGGAAGAAGAGAAAAAGACGACCCUCAAGGAACGGAGGAACACGGCAAGAUUCCAAGCGCUCAUUGAAGAUCGGGAGUCACUGGCUCGGGAUGUCGAAGUGGAGCGUGGGGCGAGGGAAGAGGCGGAAAGCAGGCUCCUUGAAAUAUCCCAUCAGGCCGACAGGACCAACGCAAGGCUCGCCUCGUUGCAAGACACAAUCAACAGGUUGGAAGAGUCCCUCCGUACGAUGGCUGCUUACAAGGCGAAAUAUUGCCAGAUCAAGAGCGAAAACAUUUCACUCAACAAAGUCAUUGAGGCAAGAAUGCAACAAUUCCAAUCAACCCUCAGCAAGCUAAGCCGGGAAAAUGAAGCUCUAAAGGCACAGCUUCACACUUUAGAAGCAGCUGGCACACAAGAAGAAGCUCUUACAGAAAGACUGCGGCUUGCCGAGGAAGAAAAUUCAAGACUGCUUGCAGAACGAGAACAAUGUGAAAAGUGUUUAGAUCAAGUUGCGCAUCAAGUCGUUCAAGCUUUGUUGUCACAAAAGGAAUUAAGAGAAGAAAUCAGUUCUUUAAGAGACAAAGUGAAAGAAUUAGAAAAACAAAAUUAUACAUUGAGUUCCUUAUUACUCCAGCAAAUUCCCAAAGGUCCACCUGGUAAACAACAAAAUACUGGUACACCUUUGGAAGUAUGUGUGAGACCGUUAAGCUGUGAUGAAGGCAAGUUGAAAUGGAGAGGUGAUUCUCUGUUUUGGCUUCCUAUCCAUAGGCCGAGUUCCCUCAAUUUAGAAUCCCAACGCCUUCUUUUACAAAACGGGAGUGUAGUGCUUUCUAAUGGUGAAUGUCAUAAAGACGAGGGUUAUUCCACCAUGUCAAGUGAAGUCCAGUGUGAAAGUGGUACUAGCAUGUCACAGUGUCCUCUAGAACGUUUACAAGAAGAAACGACUAACAGGUUGGGCGAGGAUGAGCUUGUAGUUGGAUUACGCGUACCAAAACACAGUUUCAUACCCCGCAGCUCCUCAGAUUCAGCAUUAUUACCUUACACGGCUUUCAAUGACGAGCAAGAAUGGUGGGACCCCGAUUCAACGCUUUCCCGAAUUGAUUUUGAUGCGCCGCCUGAAUUAGAAGAAUGGAAUAUGGAUGAUAUCCCAGGUUUGUCCUUCUUGGCAGAAGAUCUAGAAGAUGUUUGGUUUUCUGUUCUUGAUGGUCAAUAUGGAUUGACAUCACCAGGAGCUGAUUCGUGGUCAAGUCAAACAACAACAUCAGAAGGAUCGAAAAGAUCGUCUGGAGCUGAGAGCGAAACGACGCCUGCAGUAGGAACCCAAUUUACACGUGAUUUUUACCGCCUUGUUAAAUUCGAGAGUACUAAAAGCCUUGCUUCGACUUCAUCAAGAUCUCAAGUGUCCGAAUGCGGACGCGAAGCAUUACAAAGCGUAUUACAAUUUAUCGCAGAACAACAGCAGUAUUUGGAAGAGCCACAGGCCGAAGGUGGCAGCAACGAUUCCCUCCACAAUACAGACUCAGGAGUCACAUCUAAUUUGAGUAGUUCGGACGAAGUAGUUAAAACGAGCGAAUCUAGAGGUUUGCUCACAGUACCUGAGGAGGCUGAAGAAGAUGCUGGAGCACCGGAAACGCCGCCAAUAAAACAGUUAACGCAAGUCAGCACUCUUGAAGAACUUCAUAAAAUUGUCGAUGGCGGUGCGGAAGAUGAAGUACCACAAGAGUCCAGUCAUGAAGUUGAUCUCCAAGAAGAAGAAACAUCUAAACCAACUGGGUGGGUACAUCUUAAUAGACCAGCAGACCUCACCGAUCCUAAGUUGAAAGCGAAUCUUCUUGAAGUAAUGUCAAGCCGAAGUUCAAGUUCUUGCAGCGGCAGUAGUGAAAGUGGAGAUGAUCACAGCCCUUAUCAACAUUUACAUAGACUUCAUAGGUCCCGAAGACACAAAAAAGCUUCAGCGACACGAGACGGAGCUGUGAGGGUCCAUGUCUCGCCACGAAUGUCAAUUAUUGGACGAGAGGAUAUUUUCACAAGGUAUGGUGCCAAAGAACAAGAAGCGGUUGCAAGUUUUGAUUUUCUUGAAGAAAUAACAACCAGCUCCAGAGAAUCCACUACUUCAAGACCAACUUCUCAGUAGUUAUUGUUUUUUCUACCACUUUUCUUUCUACUUUUCUUUUUUUAACUAGUCUUGCCUGUUUUUUACCGCUGAUUUUCAAAAAAUUCCAGACUAAAUUGAAUUGAAUGGUUAAUGUAAAUAAGUUGGAGGAAUAUCUUAUGAAAGAUUAUUUUAAGCAUGUGUAAGGUACAUAUAGUAUUCUGUUAGGACACUGCUAACUAAUCAAAACAUUAUUUAGUGUAACAUUAAUUACAAUUUCUUUUUUCUUAAAAAAAUGCAUAAAUAAAAAUACUAUGGUAGGAAAAUGUCUUAUAUGUGCAAAGCACUAAUGUUUUAUGUUCAAUUAUUAAUCCUUCUAUUUUAAACCAUUUAUAUCAAUAUUUGUGUAUCCAAAAGUUUGUAUAAUGAUUGUUUCCAUAUACAUAUUUGUGUGAUGAUACUAUUUUAUUUUUAUAUUAGCAUGUUGUAAUUAUA